UCAUUUCUGUGGAUGUAGAAGCACGCAAACACCAAUUUACUUUCUCAGCCGCCAUACUUUCUGUUUGCCCCGCCCAUUUGUUUCUUUUCUUUACGAACGUGAACAGGCCGAUCGACUAUGUAAAGCUAUGUAGGAGGUUACUGAAUACUUUAAAAGGAUUAUUUCACAGUUUUGCGGGUUAGUAAAGCAUUAGAUAUCUUCUAUCGGUCAAAAGGGCCAGUCCAAACGAUGCAAUUAGCAAGUACUUAGGUUUGAAUAACCGCUAUCUAGCUGCUCCUCUUACUAGACUUAGCUGCUAUUAGCUUGGAAUGUAGCUAGCUAAUUGCUACUGUAAACUAAUAUAAAGUUGUUUUCAAAGAGUCGUUAUUUGAUUAAAAGCCUUGUUUUCUGACUGCCAGAAACAUGCAGACAGAUUGUUAACGUACAUUAUCAACGAGUUACUGUUAUAUUUUCAAUACUUCUUUUGUGAUCUAGUAAGCUAGCCAAAGUGUGCUUCCGGGUUGGAUGCUUCAGAAUAAAAGUUGCCCCACAGGAAUUCCACUUUUCUGGUGACAGGCAAAAAAGAAGCAUUAUGAGAUGAUUCAGUCUCUUGAGGAACUUCUGUUUUCGCCAAAGACUCACAGAACAGCACUUGUUUACGCAGUGUAGAACUCUGAGAGCAGAACAUUAAAAUUUUUAUGCCUAUACAAAUUCUAACUCAUCUGAAUUUGAGCUCUAGGAAUCUGCUGGGAUAAAAUGGAGCGGGAGAAGGGCGUGUUGAUGGACGAAAUCGAAAAGAGUUUAUGGAAUUUAACUGAGGACAAUUUACGUUACCUAUGUAAACAUCAUGGACAAAAUAACAAAGACGUCUCUGAGGUGAAAGGACUGGAUCACCGCUCGUUACGGCGCAAAAUCUUAGAGGAAAUGUGGGAUAACACGGAUUCAAUGAAGUCGGAGGAGCAGGGAAUGUCUUGGUUACUCCAGCUGAAAGAGGACAUCAGACGGAUACUGGAAGGUGGAAGUGGUGGGGCCUUGAGUCCCUGCAGGUCCAGUAAUAACAAUACUGAUGGUGGAGGCGCAUCUGUAGACUGUGAUGAACAAUGGAAAGGAGAGAGAAGUGCCAAGUUACCUAGCUCGCGUUUGGAAGCCGAGCACUUGAGUCCUAGCCAGUCGGACGAUGAAGAUUCUGAUUCUGCAGAUAGCGACGUGGAGGACAGUGAUUGGCUGCCUGGCAACGCGCUGGAUUCAGCGCCAGUGAAUUCCACCCAGUCAGACACUGGCACCGUAGCCUGUGAUGGAAGAAGGCAGGUCAGGGAUUGGAUGGCCAGCGAUGGGGUGGAGAUGCCUCCGGAGAGGGACACACCAGGGCAGAGAGAUAAGCCGCCCCGACCUCCUUCUGCCCUCCCGAGGUCCCCGGGCCGUGCCUCCCGCGGCAGUGCCCUGCUGCGCUGCCUGAAGACGAGAGUGUCUGUGCCGAAUACGGGAGUGUCGGUGCAGCUGGGCGACUGCAAGACCAACCACGUAGGAGACGGAUCCCACAGUUCGUCUAAACGACCCGAGGAAGACCUCCCAGAAGACCGACCCAGCUCCCACAUCUGCAAUCACUGUGGGAAGAAUUUAGGAAGCCAAAAAAGCCUGAAGAGUCACAUGCGCAUUCACACAGAGGAGAAACCUCACGAGUGCUCGGAGUGCGGGGAGACGUUCCGUCUUUUAAGAAGCCUGAAAAAACACCAGAAACUUCACUCCGGUGAGGCUCGAGUGACAAAGAAAGUCAGCGUCCUGCAGCCAUGUCCUCACUGCAAGACGACGCUGAACUCCAAGAAAGAGUUGAAGGACCAUCUGCGCAUAUACCACACUGAGAAAACCCAGCUGUGCUCUGAGUGUGGUAAGAGGUUUUCCAGCACCUACGCCUUAAGAAAACACCAGAGAUUACACACCGGGGAACAGCUCCACCUCUGCCCUGACUGCGGGAAGACCUUCUAUACCCAGGCCCACCUGAUAUCUCACCAGAGAGUCCAUGCUGAACACAGGGAUAGACCCCAUGUUUGCCCCGUCUGUGGGAGGGGAUUUACGGCUGCUUCAUCUUUGAAGUCACACCAGAGCAUACACACCGGAGAGAAACCUUACUUAUGCUCUGAAUGCGGGAAAAGUUUCAGAACUUUAGGACACUUCACAACACACCAGAAACAGCAUGUAGAAGCAAAGCCUUCUUUCCCUUGCCCUACUUGCAACCAGUGUCUCUCAACAAAGCGCAACCUUGUGUUUCACCAGAGAAUGCACACUGGAGAGAAGCCUUACCACUGUUCUCAGUGUGACCGACGCUUUGUUAAUGAGCAGAAAUUGAAAAGUCAUCAUCGAGUACACACUGGAGAGAAGCCAUACCUUUGCUCCCAGUGUGGAAAAAGUUUUGCUCUUUCCCAAAAUCUUAAAAAGCAUCUUAGGGUGCAUUCAGGUGAGAGGCGUUACAAAUGUACGUACUGUGAGAAGACUUUCAUUUCCUCAUCUGGUCUGAAAUCACACCUGCAAACCCACACUGGAGUAAAACCAUGCCACUGUCCUGACUGUGGGAAAGGUUUUUCAGAGAAGAGAGCUCUAAAAAAUCACAUGCUCACACACAGUAGAGAAACUGCUCCGACAUUCCAGUGUCUGUAAUAAAGCACUCACAACACUUUGAAGAAACACCAGAAGAUUUAAACUAAGGAUGAAGAUGUAUAUCUGCCACUGGUCUAACUGUAAGUCACUGUAAGAUCUAUUAAACUAUUAUACAUUUGAAAAAUGUAUAUCUAGCUACCUUCUUGGAUGACAGCUGUUCAAGGAAGAAAGUGAUAGUGGAUGAUUUUGCUAGACAACUUCUGUUCUGUCUAGCCUGAAAUCCUGAACCAGUUUUGUGCUGACAUUCCACACAUUGUACUCUGCCUCAUUGCCAAACGUAGUUUCAAAGCUAAACAGAAUAACUGGUGCCCAAGCUUUUUUUCAUCCACUCCCAGUGUCCUCUGUAAAAAUUAUUUUAUUUAUACCUUCACACUUGUGCUGUUUGAUAUUUUCUUUUAAAAGUGUAUGUGCCUACUGGGUCCCUAGAUUGUCUGCCAUUGGCAUUUCAGAUGUUACAAAAGGUCAGAGCCAAAACACUUUCAAAGGCUGCCUUCAGUCACUAUGGUUCUGAGUUCUCAUUUAUCAGUCAUGUAUAACCACAGGCUGAAGUCUGUUUAACUUAAAAAAUAACAAAUAUCGACCAGGUGAGUUGACAGACGAUUUUAAUUAUAUACUAAAAUGUAUUACAUUAAAUGUAUCUGAUGUAGCAUACAUAGGAAACGUAAGAAUAGCCAGCUACAAGUCAAACUCACCCUGGUAAUGUUUUUUACGAUUACAGUACUACUAGCUGGGCUAGGAAACAAAGCAAAUAGCAUGUACAGACGGCAUCUCGCCUCUUUAUCCCCAGAAAGUUAGCUAGUUAACCAAAUUGGCCAAUCGUUCUUGCCUGGCAAUUAGUUAUUGUCAAUUACUAACAACAACAUGAGGUUGUUCAAGGCAGCUAACAUUUUCUUUGCUGGCAAAUUGACGUUAUUAGAAACUGGUAGUAGUAGCAAAACUUGCGAACAAUGUCUGCUGGAUAGAUGUACAGUUAGUAACUAUAGCCAUGUCUGCUGUGUCAGUAUAGCUAGCCACAUUAACACAAAUAGGGCAAUUACUAACAACAGUGUGAGGUUAGCUAGGUAGCUAGCGUUUUAGUUAACUUAAACAUUUUUACAGAAGAAUUUCCACAUCAAAGUUUAAUGCAUUUUGCUCCAUGAGUUCCAUCCAUUGUGGAUAGGCCUCUGCACCAAUGUUCACCCUGAACGGCGUCCAUCAAUUUUUUUAAAAUACAAUUGUCUAGCAUCUCUUGCUGCUUCAUACACAAAAUGAGAGUAGCCACAUUUUGUCCAGCCUCAGUUAUGUCUGAUACGUCAAACGCAUCACUUCCUGUGCGCGGGAUAACAUUUCCUGCCACUGCUAGAGCAGACAACUUUCUUCCUUAGGAGCAGUACACUGUAUAGAGGUUUUUCAGAUAUGGGCUUGGGACCAUAUGGUAGGAAUUCAUCCACCAUCCAGAUUAAUAGAACAGAGUUAAUUGCAUAAAUAAUUACGUACUUCAGCUUUAACGUUUUUGAAUUGCACCAUUGUAUUUCAUAUAAAGCAUUGUAUAUUCCCCUUGGGAUUUAAUUGGAGGAUUUUAAGGCAAGAUUUUGACCAUGUAUGGUUAAUUAGGGGGGUUUUGAAAUGAAAUAGUCGAGGUUGUGGACUAGCAACGAGGCUAAGGAUUUGGGGGGUUUGUUCAUUGUGAUCUCAUAAUGUUGUGUGUAUAAGACUCUUCUGCUAAAAAAAACUCUCUAAAUUCUGUUGUUAAGCUGCAUUUUAGAAUAGUUUCUAUGCCAUAUUGAUGAAUGCCUGCCAGAGGAAUUCUGAGGGGAAUCCGAAAUUGUUGACAGGUCUUUAAGUCCCAGUGCAGUUAUUGUAAUUCUAUUUUCAAAUCAUCACUUUGUAUAAUAACUGUGUUAAUUUAAUUACAAUGUAUUAUUAAUCAUGCGACCCCUCGAAAUGCUCAGUAUGACCAUGUGGGUGUUACAAAAAUAUAUUUUUACCCAGCUCUGAUCGGACGGUUGUGAGGCAGACCCAUUUGCACAGCUCUUACUCAAAACAAAGCGUCAUUCUAAUUUUCUCAGUGUUAUUUCAACCUCAUUGGCAGCUUUUUAUGAAAGCAGACCAAUCAUUUUUUGUGCCCACUGGUAAUUGGACCAAACCGAUCUUUUCACAGCUCAUAUUGUUCUGAGCUGAUCUGAUUGUUGUAUUGAGAAUUUUACCAGAAUAUCUUCUGACUGCACUGGGCCUUUACCCCCCCACAACCUUAGCUGUGCUUUUUAGUUGUCUUGACAAUAUAAUCUAUUUAAUUUAUUUGGUUUUCUUUAUUUAUACACUUGAUAAAGGCUAUAUACAUCAUCAGUGUGUCCACUUUGCUGCAUUAUUCUCUCAUCCACUGAUAUUUUCCUCUUUUAAUAUAUCACCUAAUUCCUCCUUUAAACUUUUUGUGCGUCACAAUAUCUUAUUUUGUUAGUAAAGUACCUUGUAGGUCAUAUAUUUUAUCAAAUGUGUUUUAGAACUUUUGUUUUAAUAGGAAUGUGUUUUACAUUUCAUUUGAUAGAAUGUUUGUACGCUGAUUGUGUGAAUUCUGUCUGUACUGUGACGAACGAGGUUAAAUUGGGAUUUGGGAAGUGGAGUCCGACUUUCCAGUUUUAUCUAAAAACAAACCUAAACUGCUGGCCAGUGGAAGUACUGGAGCUCAUCUUCCCCUAGGUCUCAUUUCAACCAUAGGUGGUGGAGCUCAGCUCCUGUUGGCUCCUGCCCAAUUUAGCCCCUGAUUGUUUCUGUACAUUCCGUUUUUUUGUCUGUGGCGAAUAAUCUGUUUAUGGUAGUCAGAUUCCUGUACAUGCAGAUGUUUUUAGCCAGCGCAGGUAAUUCUGAUUAUCUGUUCUGUCUGUUUAUUGGAGAUUACUAUUACAGUUGUUGAUAUGAUGUCGCACAUGGUUGUAAAUCCACAACUUCAUUUUGAUAUAACUGUUUGUUAAUGUUUCCAAAUAAAAAUGUG